CCACCUCUGACUACCGAGAUAGAGAAGACCUCUGUGCACUUUGACUCAGAGUUGUGAGUUCAGAUAUGCCCUCAGCGGGACUGGAGAUACUUGGAUUGGUUCUGGCUGUCCUGGGAUGGAUCUCAGCCAUUGUAUCCUCCAUCUUGCCCAUGUGGAGAGUAUCAGCUUUCCUUGGGGCGAACAUCAUUACAGCGCAAACUACCUGGGAAGGCAUCUGGAUGAACUGCAUGUUCCAGAGCACAGGUAUUAUGCAGUGUAAAACCUACAACUCCGUGUUGGAUCUCAGCCCAGAUCUUCAGGCCGCCCGUGCCCUCACUAUCAUCUCCAUCUUGGUGGCUAUCGUAGGAGUUAUGGUGGCCAUAAUGGGUGCAAAAUUCACCACCUGUGUGGAUGAAGAGUCGGCCAAAGCUCGGGUUAUGAUGGCCGCCGGGGUGAUCUUCAUCGUGGCUUCUCUGGCUCAGCUUAUCCCUGUGUCGUGGUCUGCCAAUACUAUCAUCAGGGAGUUCAACAAUCAAUUUACACCUAAGGAACAGAAGAAGGAGUUAGGUGCUGCUCUGUACCUGGGCUGGGCCUCAGCUGCAUUUCUGCUCAUUGGAGGGGGCAUCCUUUGCUCCAGUUGCCCCCCAAAACCUAAGAAAAGUUACAGGCCUCCAUCAAACAUGAUGCAUUCCCAAACUAGGUCGCUGGCCCCAAGUGGUCACAACAGGAGAGACUAUGUCUGAGCAUGCACCUGCUCUUUUCUCACACCUUUGCUAUCAUGGAAAAGACUGCACUGGAGAGGACAGUCCUUUUUAUAACCUAUAUACAUCCGUCUUCAUGUUGAAAAGGAGGAAACUUUUUACGAUUGU